CCUCCUGCCUCCUCUUUGCCCCGCAGAGCUCCCGACAUUCCAAACUGGAAAAGGCUGAUAUACUCGAGAUGACGGUGAAGCACUUGCGCAGCCUGCAGCGGGCCCAGAUGACCGCUGCACUCAACACGGAUCCCACAGUGUUGUGCAAAUACCGGGCAGGUUUCAACGAAUGCAUGAAUGAGGUGACUCGCUUCCUCUCCACCUGUGAGGGGGUGAACACGGAGCCUUUGCGCCCCACGGCAGUGCGGUCAUCCCACUCUACACCAACGGGGGACUGGGCUCAGGCCUUCCCCCUGCCGCUGCCACCAUCUCCUCAGGAUCCGGUGCCCCAUCGCUCCCAGCAGACUCGCUCUGGAGACCCUGCUGAGCAUGGCAGCUUUCAUGCGUCCCGGUGGCAAGCCAGCUGGAUGCUGGUGAAAAUGCCCUCUCCCAGUUCGGAGAGCGAGGCUGGGCGCGUGGGCACAAAGCAGCGCGCGCAGCAGAGCCCCGAUCCGCCCUCCCCUCCUCGCCAGGACAAGGGCUGCUUCCUCACCGUCCAUCCCGCGGGCCCGGCCCGGCCCGGCCUGUUUCCCGGCCCGCUGCCUCUCUCGGAAGCGGGGAAACCCAGGCCCCCUCUCUCCUUCGCCUGCGCGCUUCCCUCCACGCCCGUCCUGGCCUGGCUGUGA